AUGGGUUGCACGAACUCACGCAGAAUUGGAAAUACACUGAUUCUUCAUCCGCAGUUCAAAUCCAUUGAGAACACUGUGAUUCCUUUAACAGAUGAACAAAUAAAAAUCGUAAGAGAAACAUGGGAAAUACUCGAGCCGACCAAGAAAGAAAUUGGAGUGAAUGUCUACAUACGGUAUGGAUUUGAUUUAUGCCGCCGCUAUUUUUAGGUGAUCUCUCUUGGAACGCCGCCCGUUUUGCGAUAUUUUUACCCAAUAGAUAUUUCAUUUCGCAAAGAAACAGUACUACAGUCUAAUCAUAGUUACGUUUGCCGGACAUCAGUCGAGAGUAAGUCGAUAUAUGAUUACAAAUAAUCUAUUUUCACAGCUUUAUUUUAUGUUCCGUGUCUUCAAGAUCAUGACAAAAGGACCUAGAAAUUCGCCGAGUUUGGUUUAUUUAAGGAAAUCUGUUUUUUUCAUGCAUCGGCCUAAGUUCUCCAUAGUGAUCAUUAACAACAUAUAUACAUAAUUGGGGAGCUAUAUCUGCCACUAUUAUAUCCCGAAACUCAAGGAGACAACGGAUCAAGACAGCUCUAACACAAAAUAUACUGACCUUCCGUGGCAAGGAAGGGGUUUCCUCGCCUUCAAUUACAAGGAAUUUAAAUUUCAAGUCAAAUUGUCAAAAUCAAUGGCAAUAACCAACGUAAUAACAUCACCUUAUCGCUAAUUGUUUGUCUUCAUCGUCGUCGUUGUGUUUUUUUCUGUUUUCGUGUGAAGCCCUUCACAAUUUCGCAUACAGAGAAUGCCAAAAUGCUGUCAUGCCUACUUAGGACUGUUCAUUCGUUUGUUUCUGAAGUUUUUUUUCCUUUUUCAAUAUCUUUGAUUUUCCUCGUUAAUUAAUAAAUUUGCCAUUCGUCAUGUUCCUGCAUAACGUACCAAAAACGUAAAUUUGAAGACAUAGAUGACAGUGCGUCGUAGUAUAAAUUGUAAAGUUUCUCAUUAUCCAUAUUUAUUAGGGAGAAACUGAGAGUAUUCUGCGACUGUUAAAAAAUCUGAUUAUUCCAUUACUCGACUGUUUAUAAUCGUAAUGAUAUUUCACGCACGUAAGAUUGUUUACGCUGCAAUUUACUUUUGUCAGAUCAGGUAGUAAAAUAAAUAUUUAUUAACAUGUUUAGAUCCAUGUCAAUAUAUCACUAAGAAAUGUCUCACUAAAAUCCCCAUAAAUAAACUUCUCAUUUUCAAAUCAUUUAUCUCAGCGAGCAAUGGCAAUAGUGACAAAUACAAACGAUUAGAAACUUGAAUCCCGAAUUAAGAGCUCAUCCACCCAACUACAUUUCCAUGACUUACAUUUAAAAUUGUCAAAUACUUGUCAACAAAACUUGGUAGUUCGUGGCUGUUACGACCUGACACCAAGUUUCUUCUCAGCCAGUUGCUCGUUGACGAGUUAUAUUAUACAAAAGAAUAAUUGACGGCUAUGCUGUCCAAAUUUGCUUAAAAAUUCUGAAAGGUAUAUGAUCGAUUCUUCGACGGAACGAAGCCCGGGUUGCCUGGCGCCAUACCAGCUACGAAAUAUUUUUCUCAAUUAUCUGAUAAUCAUUUCUAUUAUAGGAAUUUACAAAAAUGGCAUCAUCUUUUAUAAUUUACAUGGGCGUCUGUAUAACAGACUUAACUGACCCAUGAAAAGCAUGUAUAAGUUUUCUCUCUUCACUCUCUUAAACCUAAUAUCAGUAAAUUAAAUUAGUCGUAUGUAUGCACUAAACCAUUCAAAUAGUGAAGAGUUUGGCAGUAAAUGUGCGAUUACUUCGGUUUUGGGAUAAACCUUAUUUGGAAUCAGUUCGAGGGUUGUCCAGCAUCAGCAAUUACGCUUUAAAUAGAACAGUGAUUGGUUAGCGAAAAGGAAGAGAGAUGGAGUGUUUUUCGGUCGCGUUUAAGAUAUUUUUUUUAAUGAUGAAAUCUUAUUUUGUACACCACUUGUUACAUUGAAUUGACCGUGGAAGCCUGGUUACGGUUACGAGGCUAGACUUAGGCUAUUUCUGUUCAGGUUUAAAAAGUGAAUACUGGUGUUAAAUCUGUACCUUCCUUAAGACUAAGACGGUCCGGGUAGGCCUGGGUUUAAAACCGUGGUCGGUUUCAAUCAAAAAUCGCCGUCAAAACUCUAAAGCAUAUGUAUGGGUGCGAGUUUUUUAUAUGUCAGACCUAAUUAUGAGAAUAUGUGGGCACGCGAACAUGCGCCUAAUCCACAUUGAGGUUUUUUAACUUUUUUUUUAUUUUUGUUUCUGUCAGAUUCCUGAAGAUGAAUCCUGAUAUAAAAUCGCGCUUCACUGAAUUCAAGGAAAUCUCAAUUGACGAAAUAAAUAAAAGCAAUGGUCACCCUAGAAGAUUGAUGGCUGCCAUCGAAAACUCAAUCGGUUCGCUCGAUGACCCCGAGACUUUCGCUGGUUACGUGUUGGAGUUAGGAAGGAGGCAUAUCAGGCUACGCUCCAAACCGACGAAGUCCCAUGUAAGAUCCAAAUAGAAACUUUCCAUGUGAACUUUAAAUUGGAGUCGAAUAGGUGCUCAUGACGUGAUAAUCAGAUGUCUUAGUUUGAACAGGAGUUGUUUUAUCAACCUCGCAUCCAGGGUCCCUCUCACGGCCCCUCGGGCGCGGGAAAAAGAGAGAUCCUGGUAAUAGAGAUAUUGCUGUAUCAGGACCUAAAGAAAGGAAGGCUGAUUGCGAAACAGACUCUAGUUCGAGAGUCAAACAUGACUAAUUCUCAUAGAUACACAAACAAAAAGUAAAUUUGUUCCCUCUUGAUACUUUUUUAACGAUGCUAGCUUCUGUUUAAUCUAUUCAUCCUCUUCUGUUAAGUUCAUAGAUUUAAGGAAAGCGUUCAUUGGUAGCAUUAAAGAACCUCUCACCACCAAUUGGAGACCAGAGGUAGAGGAGAGCUGGGUACUACUGUUCGACUUUAUGACUGCCGUUAUGAUGAAAGGACUCAGUUCCACGUCCUAA